AUGUUGUUUCUGUGUGGAUUUGGGUAUUGGAUGCAAGGUUUUAGGUGCUUUCCAUGGCUGGCGUUGAACUUCCACAUGGCUCACAAUCUUAACAUGCACCCCUCAACAUUGCAGCUCGUACAGCAUUCUGGUAACCUUCCCAUGGUGGCCAAACCCUUUUAUGGAAUACUCUCUGAUGCUCUUUACAUUUCUGGUGCGCAUAGAUUACCUUAUAUUUCCAUUGGAGGUUGCUUGUUUAUGUUGUUUUUAUUCUUUCCUUUGCUUGGUUUGCUUUCUUGCCCUUUUCUUCCCGUUUUGAUUAUGCUAGAGAUUCCAUUUGUCUCUUCCAUGUGCACAAUUUCUUUGGUCCUAUCUUGGGGGCCAAUGGCAGUUAUCCCUGUUGCAGCUAAAGCCCUUCCUACCCUUAUGGCAUGUGUUCUUCUUAGUAAUCUUGGAGCAUCCAUUACAGAAGUAGCACAGGAUGCUCUUGUUGCAGAGUACGGGCAAGAAAAAAAUAUGAAAGGCCUCCAAUCUUAUGCAUUCAUGGCAUCAGCUGCUGGUGGAAUCCUUGGUAACUUAAUAGGUGGAUAUUUCUUAAUGAAAACACCACCGAGAACCAUGUUUCUCGUAUUUUCAGUGUUACUUUCUGCUCAACUUGCAAUUUCAUUGAGAAUAAGAGAGGAAUCUCUUGGUUUACCACAAUUGCCAGAUCACUAUCUUAUGAGGAAGCCAAUCUUUGAAAGUAUGAGAAAACAAUUUUCUGAGCUGGUGAUGGGAAUUCAAGAGGAAAGUAUUGUUCGUCCUCUUACUUGGAUAGUAGCUUCUAUUGCCAUGGUUCCUGUCCUGUCAGGUUCCAUCUUUUGCUACCAAACACAAUGUCUACAUCUUGAUCCUUCAGUCAUUGGCAUGUCUCGAGUGAUUGGCCAAUUGAUGCUUCUUUCCACUGCCGUACUUUAUGACUGUUAUUGGAAAAAAAUUCCCAUGAGAAAGUUGGUUGGUGUGGUGCAACUUGUGUAUGCCUUUUCACUUCUUCUUGACCUUCUUUUAGUAAGACAGAUCAAUGUUAGACUGGGGAUUCCAAAUGAGGUGUUUGUUCUUUGUUUUUCGGGGUUAGCAGAAACUAUUGCGCAAUUCAAACUCUUACCUUUCACAGUGCUAUUUGCGAGUUUAUGUCCUCGAGGUUGUGAAGGAUCUCUGACUUCUUUCUUAGCAUCAGCCUUGUGUUUAUCAUCAAUAGCUAGUGGGUUUUUAGGCGUUGGAUUGGCUUCUCUGAUUGGAGUAACAGCAGGCGACUACUCAAGCCUGCCUUUUGGAAUUCUUGUACAGUUCAUUGCGGCUUUACUUCCUUUAGGAUGGCUUUGUAAUUUACCCAUGUCAGAAGCUGUUGUUGGGAAGGAGAGGAAGAGAGGCUUGAGUAGAAGAAGUCAGAAAAGUAGAAGGGUCGGUAGAGUGGUAUAUGGUUCAGUUUCUAUCUACAGACGCGAGAGAGAAUCUGAGGCAUAA